AUGCACUAUAAACUCUUUAAAAGGCCCCGGAGACGAUCCGGUUCCAGCAUUGUGGUGCUGGGCGCUGAGGACGAAAAGCGACCGCCGCCGGAUGACGAGACAGAGAUGCUCACCAUGCUCUCACUCUCUUCGGACACUGGUCCCCACCGCGAGAUGCCGGUGGAUGUUCCGGAGAACUUUAUAGCGCGGAACAAAACACCACCCCGCUACCCGCCGCCUCGACCCCCUCAGGUACGUCUCCGGACUAGAGACGACGAGCCCCUACUCUCCUCUGGAGGCUCCGGGACGAGCUUUGGAAGCAAGCAAAGCACAGUACUACAAAGCGCUAUAGAUAUAUCAGGGCCGAGUUCUGACGGUUCCGGCAGCUUCAAGAACAACAGUACCAUCGAAUUACUCUCCCUACCUCAGAGCUCCGACGGUUCCGGUGUCAGCUUCGGGAGCAAAAAGAGCAAAGGCUCUUCGGAAACCACCAAAUGCGACCUUGUCUCCGAAAGAUCGGAAUCGGUCGCCUCGCACACAACUCACAAUUUGAUCGAUCAUAAGAUCCAACUUCUCAUACCUAAUGGUCAAGAUUCAUUGUUAGAUUGUAGGGAGGGAGUCACUUACUCGGCGAGAACGGACUCAGUGCUGAUCAGGGAAGCGGUGUACGCUUCGUACAAGCUUCCCCCCGGCUUCGACACUACACCAGUCCUGCUCGGGAGGGAGGUACCUGUGGACGUGCCAGAAAAUUUCGUCCAAAUUGUCAAAACCACGCCCAAAUAUCCGGGUACCGUGGACAGAAAGAGUGUGUUUCAGCAGGUGAAUGGCAGCGCUAAGGCUGCUGCUCCCGCGGUACCUCCCCGGGAGGUCCCUCGGGACGCGCCCCCGAGACCCCCAGCACUCGACGUUACUCGGGACCAGAUUGAAUCCAUCCGGAAAUAUCAGAGGGCGUGGUCUACCCCAAAGUCCAGCCGACCUGUUAGUGAUGUAAACAGAUAA